GACAGCCUUUCAGAAGUGGUGUACCAGUCUUCAUUCAGCUGGUCUAGUGGUAGCAAGGAUGUAAGAUAUUCCCCUCAGGGGAUGGGGCUGUAGCUCAGUGGAACAGCAUCUGCGUGCUUACAUGGAAACGGUCCCAGAUUCACUCACUGGCAGUCCAGGUAGGGCUGGGAGAGACUUGUGCCCAAAACCUUGGAGAAGCUGCUGCCAGUCUGUGUAGACAAUACUGAGCUAGAUGGGCCUAUGGUCUGACUCAGUAUUUGGCAGCUUCCUAAGUUCGGUGCUUGCUUCUUUGGGAAACCUCUCUACUUGGGUGCCUAAGGGGAGCGGGGAGAAGCUGCAAUCCCACGCUUGCUCACCAGAUGACAGUAGAGAGCCCCCUUGGGCAGAACGGCUUGCCGAAACUUGCCGGCUCUUGUUUGCGGUUGUAGUGCCCCUGGUGGACAAAUGGUGGCACGGCCGCUAUUUCCAGAGAGGACCCAGUUAACCAUUUCCUCUCCGGUCCUGGAAAUAGACCAUUGUUCUCUUAGUCGCAAUGUUGCAAUCUCCAUCUGCUCACCAUCACCGCGGUUUCUCCCACCCGGAGUAAGUCUGCACGAGUAUAUAUAUUUUCAAAGUUAACUGGAAGAAAAGAAAAGAAAAGGAGCUGCUGCUGCAAGUGCAGAAAUGAACUCUGAAAAAGGCGCAGACACGCAAAGUUGUGCUUGCAGAAUAAUUAAAAAAACACCAAAAACCGAGAGGAAGGCGAUUUUUGCUCCACAUGCCGACCUCGAUCUUCUGUGCGUCCUCCCUCGAUGUUGGUCCUGAAACCCGGGCAGCAUCUUCGCCACCACCGACAAUGUGUAGCUGGUGGGAAAGGAGAGCCCUGCGUUACGCUCCCCGCGGGGUGCCGCAUGCAUCGAGGGGGCACCCCUCGCACCCCUUUCCGACGUGCAAGGGACGGGCGGCUUGGCAGGAAGUCCGCCGGCGCUUUCCCGACCCCCGCGAGGGUCCCCGUCUUCUUUCCUGCCACGGGCGCCAGGCGCCCCCAACCCUUAUUGCUGGGAAGCGCUGCGGAGCCGUCUGCGGGAGGCGGCCUGGCGCUCCUCCGAGGGGGUCCCCCGCCCCCGCCUCACGUGAUGAGCGGGGGGGAGCUUCGCCCCUCCAGCGAGCGGGCCGGCCGCCGGGAGGAGAACAAAGGAGCGCUCCCUACAAAAGGCGCUGCGGCUCUUGCUGCUGCUGGCGCCUGAGCCCAGCAUCAAGAUGCUGCUGCUGCUGCAAGCGCACGGCCCGGCCGCCCUCCUGCUCCUGCUGCUGCUGCUGGAGACUGCCGCGGCUGCCCCGGGUCCGCCCCUGAGCCACAGUCCCUGGAAGGAGCAGGCUCCUCAGAGCCCCAAUCUGGGUGUGGAUGUUGCCCAAGACGCCUCCAGAGGCAGCGAGGGGCUGGCGGCCCAGUGGAACCCGCCUCGCUGUGGGGUUCCAGACCCACCCACCUCUCCUGGGAGCCGGAGUGGCCGGAAUCGGCAGAAGAGAUUUGUGCUGUCCGGAGGGCGCUGGGAUAAGACGGAUUUCACUUACAAGAUCGUAAGGUUUCCUUGGCAACUGGUGAAAGCGAAAGUGAGGCGCGUGAUUGCGGCAGCCUUGAAAGUGUGGAGCGACGUGACCCCCUUGACUUUCACUGAAGUCCACUCGGGAGAAGCAGACAUCGUGAUCGACUUCACACAGUAUUGGCACGGAGACAACCUGCCUUUCGAUGGCCCUGGGGGGAUCCUGGCCCACGCCUUCUUCCCCAAAACCCACCGGGAGGGAGCUGUCCAUUUUGACUAUGAUGAGUCUUGGAGCAUUGGGAAUCACCUGGGGACGGACCUCUUGCAAGUGGCCGCUCACGAGUUCGGCCACGUCCUGGGCCUGCAGCACACGCCCGUCUCCAAGGCCCUGAUGUCUCCCUUCUACUUCUUCCGUUACCCACUGCAGCUGAGCGAGGAUGACACGCAGGGCAUCCAGUAUCUCUACGGGAAGCCCAAGGCCAGCAGGGAGGUGCAAGAGGAGCAGCUGCACCCGCCAGAGGUGGAAACCAAUGAGAUUACUCAUGAGCAGCCUGCGCAGCCUGAUGCCUGUGACACCGGUUUUGAUGCAGUCUCCACCAUUCGGGGUGAGCUCUUCUUCUUCAAGUCCUGCUACGUUUGGCGUCUCCGGGAUGGCAAGCUGCAGCCAGGCUACCCGGCCCUGGCAUCCCGCCACUGGCAAGGGAUCCCCUCUUCAGUAGACGCAGUCUUUGAAGAUCCUCUUGGCAACAUAUGGUUCUUCCAAGGUGUCUGGUACUGGAUCUAUGACGGCGGGAGACGGAUCUCUGGCCCGCUGCCCAUCACCGAGCUGGGCUUGUCUGCUUCCCCCCUGCAGGCCGCCUUGAUGUGGGGGACGGACAAGAACAAGAUCUACUUCUUCCAAGGGAGGGGCUACUGGCGCUAUAACCCCAGCACUCACCAGGUGGACAAUGUUUAUCCUCGCAGGAUGGCUGACUGGCGGGGAGUUCCACAGGAGAUUGACGCUGCUUUCCAAGACGAGUCUGGAUUUGCUUACUUCCUGAAAGGCCAGCAAUACUGGAAAUUCGACCCUGUACAGGUGAAAGUGCUGGACGGUUACCCACGUCUCAUCGGCCAGGACUUCUUCCGCUGUUCAGCGCCAUCCAACGCCUUUUGACGGUGCAACUGAGAGGCCCUCUAGCCUCCCUCUUCAGCCACGACCCCCUCUUCUGCAUCGGGGCUUCUACCUCGGCAGAAGCUGGGAUGACCAGACAUGUCGCAUGCUUGCAGCUGGCGCCUGGACAGGGCAGACCACAGAGUGCUGGCCACUGCUUUUGACUGGGACUGAAAAGACAGCCACAGCCUUGAUGCUGCUUCCCUUGGAGUGCCACGGAAGGAGGCCACGGGUCAGUCAGGUGCUAGCCAUCUGUGGCUUGGGAUGGCCGCCUGGCCAGGUGCCUAGAUUUGUUGGCGCCAGAUGUGAUUCUUGGGGGGUCUUAAAUCGAGCAAUUUGACUCAAGUUGCUCCUGCCCAGAGAGACAAAUUUGAGAGAACUGAUCUUGUUGAUGGGCCCUUCACUAGCUUUGGGGCAGGAUACCUUAACACUCUUUGCAGGCUGAGAGAUGUGGAUUCCCAACACAUUGGCACAGCCUGGCCAUCUCCCCAAAAAGGGAUUCAUUGGCCUGUGCUAAGAUGCUUUUUAAUACCAUUUCAGGAAUAUUAUUGUUUCUGUCUUUUGUAUUUCAGCCAGGAUGCAUUACAUUUUCACGUACCUCUACAAAAUUAACGUAUUUGUGUUUAGUUUUUAAGCACGUUACUAGAGUUCUGGGCUGGGCCAUUCCAUGUAUCAUUAUGAAGCCUGCCUUCUCACAGACAGAAAGAUCCUAGCUAAAACGUGGUCCAUCACAAUUGGCAAGCUCCACAGAAGUGGGAUAGUCAGGAUAGUCAAUUCUGCAUUCAAUUAACCAGGGCAGUCAAUUCUGCAUUCUCACAAUCCGAGAAGUGAUUG